CGUCACGAGGCUUGGCAUUGCGUGACAAUACGAUAUUACAUGCGACUGUACAUUUAGUACGGCCCUGCGACAUGGAUCUCAGCUACCAUUUCUGUAAUGGCAGGUUCGAUGAAUGGGUUCAUUCAAGACGUCACGAUAUCCCCCUUUCCUUUUCCUUCAGGGCUGUCUUCCGAAGAAUAAGAUGCGAGGAAGGCGAGAAUAUCGGUUAUGGUACUUCUCCGUGAGUUCCCCACAAUUCGCUUCCGCCGUUAUGGAGCUCCAAUGUCAGGCAUCGAUGUGUCCUAACAUGUCGAGAGCGAGCGGUGCACUCUGAUGUAUAAAAACUACCCCGCACGUUCUCGCAUUCCCCAUCCCCCAGCUACGCAUGCAUACCAUAGAGAAAGGACUUCCAGUCUACAAUGCUGAACAACGCAAUCAAUCGGCGCAACAGCGUCCUUCACUCAACAUCAGGCCUCUGGUCUUUCCUCUGCUCGUAUCUGUAGUUCUAGGUUUCUCUCUUUGCCCCAGGUUUCCGCUCGUGGCCGAUGGUGGCAACCACACGGCUCAGGUUCCUUUCACCUUGAGCGAUAUCGUUGCGCAGUGCAAUGCUUUGGAUGUGUCCCCAGGCCCGCCUCCCGACUUCGAUAGCCGAAACGUGUCCGACAGAUAUGAAUUGGGCACACCGACUGUUUUGAUCCGCAACGCCACCAUCUGGACUGGUGUCAAUGACGGCAGUGAAAUCGUAGCUGGCGACAUUCUGUUAGACCAGGGUCUUAUUCAGCAAAUAGGCACGCAACUCGAUGUCCCCGAGGACGCUUUAUUUAUUGAUGCUCAGGGUGCUUGGGUGACGCCAGGAAUCGUCGAUGUACAUUCACACCAUGGUGUUAUGUCUUCUCCCCUUCUUUCUGGAGCAGAUGACACAGAUUCUCCUAAUGGGAUUACCCAGCCAUGGUUGCGUUCUUUAGACGGCCUGAACACUCACGAUGCCUACAACUUAUCCGUCGCAGGAGGGGUUACUACCUCUCUUAUUCUGCCAGGUUCAAAUAAUGCUAUUGGGGGACAGGGAUUCACAAUAAAGAUGCGAGCCACCAGCGAGAGAUCCUCUACCUCGAUGCUUGUUGCCCCUCCUUAUGGACUGGAUGGCUCCGACAUUGACUACUCCAUUCCACCGCUAUGGCGACACAUGAAGCAUGCAUGUGGAGAGAAUCCCUCGAAGUCAUAUGGUGGUGUCAGGAUGGACACUGUCUGGGCAUACAGAAGUUUGUACGACAAGGCACGUCAGAUGAAGGAAAAGCAGGACGAAUAUUGUGCCAAAGUACUUAAUGGCACAGCGACAGAUGAGCUUGGUCCGUUCCCAAACGAUUUGCAGUAUGAAGCGGCGGUCGACACGCUGCGUGGUAAAGUCAAGGUCCAUGUUCAUUGUUACGAGGCUGUUGACCUCGAUGCUUUCGUCCGGUUGACGAACGAGUUCAAGUUCCCCGUCGCCGCUUUCCACCACGCACUCGAGGCUUAUCUCGUACCAGGACUUCUCAAGAAGGCCUACAAUCACACUCCUGCAAUUGCAACGUUUGGUUCUUUUGCGAGGUUCAAGCGUGAGGGGUAUAGACAUUCAACAUACGCGCCUCGCGUCCUACAUGAUGCAGGUUUUGACGUCAUUAUGAAGAGUGACACCCCAGCAGCGGUUGUGACCCGUUGGCUUCUCCAUGAUGCCCAGCAAGCUUACUAUUAUGGUCUUCCUGAAGACGCUGCGAUCGCUUCAGUCACGACUACGGCCGCCAGACUGCUUGGUCUUGACUACAGACUUGGCUAUGUCAAAGAAGGUUACGAUGCAGAUCUCGUGAUUUGGGACAGUCACCCAUUGGCUCUAGGCGCCACGCCCCUGCAAGUGUUCAUCGAUGGGAUUCCUCAACUUACGAACCCCGUCUCAGCUCUGAAGGAGUCAUUUCAGGAGGCAGCCGUCACACCAAACUUUGAUGAUGAGGCGCAAACUGCAGUCAGUUAUGAAGGCUUGCCCCCUCUCGAUCCUAAGGAGGUUGUGACCGCCGUGGUCUUCCGCAAUGCGUCUAGCAUUUGGCAGAGGGAUUCCAACGGUGCGCAACUUGUCUACGAGGCGCCCGGACCAGACUAUGAAGGCGUGCUUGUAUUUGAUGGCACUAUCGUUUGUAACGGAUCGGCGGAUGCCUGUCCUCCGGACAACUAUCCGGACUAUUACAUUCAAGAUCUCCAGCGUGGUUCUAUCAUGCCUGCAUUGACUUCUGUAGGAACAGCUCUCGGUCUGCAAGAGAUUCCGUUGGAGAUCACCACGUCAGAUGGACCCGUUAAAGACCCUUUGUGGGAUUCAGUGCCGAGUAUACUGAGCGAUGGAAUUGUCGCUGCUUAUGACGGUCUCAUAUUUGGUACCCGAGAUGCUAUGCUCGCAUACCGCGCUGGUGUGACAUCAUCUGUCACUGCACCUAUUAGUCCUGCUAGUGGCGACAGCUUGAACGUCGGCUUCCUUGAGGGUAUCAGCACGCACCUUUCCCUCGGUGCAAAACACAAGCUAGAAAAGGGUGCGGUCAUAAAACGGAAUGCUGCCUUGCAUGUUGGUAUACUACACAGAAGCACGGGUGUAAGCGUCAGCACGCAGAUAGCCACACUGCGCAACUUGCUCUUCAAUCACGAGAGUUCGCUCAGAGGACAGAUGUUCCAAGCAGUAUACAAUGGCACGCUCACAUUAGCCGUGGACGCGAAGAACGCGGACAUCAUCGCUUCUUUGCUCGCCCUCAAGGCAGAAGUUGAAGCACAAUCCAAUGUGCCGAUGAAAAUGACAAUCGUGGGUGGUGCAGAGACACACCUACUUGCCCCUGAACUUGCCAGCGCCAACGUAGGAGUCAUUAUUGCCCCUGUCCGUUCGUUCCCUUUCUACUGGGAAGGCCGCCGUGCUCUUGCCGGCCCUCCGUUGACAAAAGAUAACGUUUUGACGACACUGAUCAAGAAUAAUGUUACGGUCGGCAUUGGACACCAAGGUGUCGAAGAGGUCGUCAUGUUGACAGGCUGGGCUGCCCAGAACAUGAGGUGGGAUGCUGCCUGGGCAUCCAUUGACGCCCCGGACGUUAUUGACACUGCAACAGCAUUGAAUAUAGCCUCCACCAAUGUAGAGUCGCUGCUUGGAGUUGGUCGAGACGCUGACACUGUGGACCUGGUAGCUACCACUGGAGGAGAUUUGCUUAGCUUUGAAGGAAAGGUUGUCGCCGUCAUCUCACAAGGUCGUGGUGUAGUUGAUAUUUUUUGAAAGAAAAUACUACAAGCACAGUGUGCGGGUCAUGUGUACUUUUACCUCGUUAUGCAAUCAGAACGUCUUUGAUGAUGU